GUGGGUUAGUGGGAGUCUUCAAACGUUAGAAGCUGCUGCUACACUCAGACACACUUUCAUAUUCAAACUGGGUUCAGGGACUGUUUCAUUUAGCUCUGCUCUCCACCAUGAAGCUGUAUGUGAUUGUUCCGCUGUGUGCUCUGUUCACCCUCACCCAACAGGCACCUUCAAGUGAUAAGUGUACGUGUGAGUUGACUAAUUCAGCGAAGGCAUUCCCUCAUGACAAACUCAGCACAGUGGAGGACAAUGCAUCAAAAUGCAACAGCAACAUCACCCCACAGAAGACUCUGGAGCUGGAGAGUCUGCUGCUGGGUUUGGAGCGACGUCUGCCCCAGCUGCAGGAAGAUGUGUCGAUGCUGGAGAGGGAGGAUGACGGAGAGCUCUAUGCAGUUCUCAGCCUGUAUGUGAUAGAGAAUGAACUGCUGGAGAUCAAGCAGCUCAUCGACAGGCUCAACAGCAGCACCCUGGGACACCAGCGUCUAACUUCUGAAGCCACUAAACAGCUGGAGGACCUUAGUGCAGAGAUGCAGGAGCUGGAGACGUAUGACACCAUGAAGGUGGUGAAGGGACAACAAGACAACCACCGUCUGCAGAGUGACCUAGACCAGUGCAGGAAGAAACUUCACCCCACCAUCCAAUCCACUCAACCUCCACAGGGUAACUGUCCCCACGGUCAACUUCAGAACAUUACUGGGCCGAGGGUGUACACAGCAGGAGAGUACCCUGGCUCCUACAAGUAUGGAGCCUGGGGUCGGGAUCCCAAACCAGAGGCGGGGAAGGAGAACUGGUAUUGGCUCGUAAUGAUGACCUCUGGCAACAAAUACUCCAACUACGUCCGUCUCUACUCCAGCCUGAGUGCUCUCAUUGUUGGGGUGAGCAUCCCAGGUAAUGUCCAGAUCGACUCCUCUAACCCAACCACCAACACUAUCCAGGGUCCAAAUGUUGUGCUGUAUGGAGAGGCCUUGUACUACAACUGUUACAACCAAGAUGCUGUUUGUCGAUUCAACCUCACCAGCAAAACUGUUAACACCUUACAACUACCCAAAGGCACCAGGUUUAACUCAAAAGGUAAUUUCUGCCACCUUGAUGAAUGCUACCCGUUCACCGAUCUCGACCUGGCAACAGAUGAGUCAGGCGUCUGGGUGAUCUAUACCACCACCCAGGACUUUGGCAACCUGGUGCUGUCCAAGGUGGAGGAGGGUGAACCGCUGACACUCAGCCAAACCUGGCACACCUCGGUCUACAAGCAGGGGGUGACCAACACCUUCAUGGCCUGCGGUGUGCUUUACGCAACACGGUACAUCAACAAAGAUGUGGAGGAGAUCUUCUAUUCGUUUGACACCACGACUGGGGUAGAAAGGUUCAACAUUGGCAUUUUGAUUAACAAGAUGUCGCCCAACAUUUAUGCCCUGAACUACAGCCCUGUGGACCAGAUGCUGCAUGCCUACUGUGAUUCCUACAUGGUCUCCUAUAAGGUUUUGUUUUCGUAAUUGGAUAAUGCUGACAACAUUUUCCAUAAAAACCUGUGUUUAAAUCAGGGCUCUAGCAAUAGUGACCAGCACGAGCAAAUAAAGGUCAGUCUGGUCAAAAGCAGUGAGGGGGUGUGAAAAUACCUGUACCAUACAUGGUUAAUCUACAUGGUAAUUUCAGCAUAAAGUACAUUUGCAUUCUACUAAUUCCAUAAGUACAAGUCAUGUCAUACUCAGUACUCUGCUGCUCUCAGUUUCUCUUCUUUCUCUUUUACUGUUUUCAUUCACUAAAUUCAAUCGCUUCUACUUUGCUGUUCUUUCAAUCUGUGUUAAGCUACUGUAACCAGGUUUAAAAAUAAUACCAUACAGUAAUAAAAAUGAUGUUAAGAUAAAGGUAUAUACAGUAUGUGACUGUUAAAAACAAACACGAGGUAUUGUUAUAAAUAAUGUUAAAAGAUACACCAUAAAUGUGUUUAAAAAAGCUAUUUCAUAAAAUAUUAAAAGGGUACAGUG